GCAGCAAAACUUCUGAAGGUUUGCAGAAGACAGGAGGAGAACCACCAAGAAGGCUAUUGCAGUAUUGUCAAUUCCAGAAGUCUGGUACCGGGACUGCUACUCCAGCUUCCUUGUUGCUGCUUGUGUCUGGGCCUUAUCCCAAUGCUACUUGACUGUUGAAUGUGCAGAGAAUAUCAUUCUAAGGACAACUGUCUCCUUUGUGUUUGAGCACCUGCCACUAUAUAAAUACCCUUCAGUUGGAAUUUACUAUUGCCAAUAUGUAUCAUUCUGUGUCUGAAACCAGUCACCCUUUGCAAUCAGAGGAACAAGAAAUAGGCAUUGAUCCCUUGCAGAGUUAUUUGCACAAGCCAGGGGAAGGAGGAUCAAAUGAAAAUGGAAGCACACACCACACCUCAGAUUCUGAUGGAACAUUUCUUUCUUACAGUAAAGAAUGGGAAGAACUAUUUGUAAACAACAAUUACUUGGCAACUAUACGGCUGAAGGGGAUUAAUGGGCAGCUGAGAAGCAGCAGGUUCCGUAGUGUUUGCUGGAAGUUAUUUCUGGAGGUUCUACCCCAAGACAGAAGUCAAUGGAUUAAAACCACUUCAGACUUAAGAACUUCUUACACUAAGAUCAAAGAAAUUCACAUUACAAACCCUCGGAAAGCAGGGCAGCAAGAUCUGAUAAUCAACAACCCACUCUCUCAGGACGAGGGGAGUCUUUGGAAUAAAUUUUUCCAGGAUAAAGAGCUUCGAGCAAUGAUUGAACAAGAUGUGACAAGAACCUUUCCUGAAAUGCAGUACUUCCAGCAAGAGAAUGUGAGGAAAAUUCUUACAGAUGUUCUGUUCUGCUAUGCCAGAGAAAAUGAGCAGUUACUUUAUAAACAGGGUAUGCAUGAACUUUUAGCUCCCAUUGUCUUUAUCCUGCAUUGUGACCACCAAGCUUUUUCACAUGCCAGUGAAGCUGCACAACCAAGUGAGGAAAUGAAAGUUCUUUUGAAUCCUGAAUAUCUGGAACAUGAUGCCUAUGCAAUGUUCACAUGUCUUAUGAAGACUGCAGAACAUUGGUUUUCAACUUUUGAACAUGACAGUCAGAAGGAGAAAGAUGUGAUGAUUACACCUAUGCCAUUUGCAAGGCCACAGGACUUAGGCCCAUCUAUUGCUAUUGUAGCAAAGGUAAACCAAAUUCAGGAUCAUCUGCUGAAGAAACAUGAUAUUGAGCUGUACAUGCAUCUGAACCGACUGGAAAUUGCUCCACAGAUUUAUGGACUGCGAUGGGUAAGGCUCCUGUUUGGACGUGAAUUCCCACUUCAGGACCUUCUGGUUGUCUGGGAUGCUCUAUUUGCUGACAGUAUCACCCUGAAUUUAGUUGACUACAUUUUUGUAGCCAUGUUGUUAUAUAUUAGAGAUGCCUUGAUUUCAAGUAAUUACCAGACCUGUUUGGGACUUCUGAUGCAUUAUCCACCUAUUGGAGAUGUUCACUCCCUUAUCCUAAGAGCACUUUUUCUCCGAGAUCCAAAGAGAAAUCCAAGACCAGUGACUCAUCAAUUCCAACAAAAUUUAGAUUAUUACAAAGCUCGUGGAGCAGACUUGAUGAACAAAACCCGCGCCAGUGCUAAGGCUGCCCCACUGAACAUUAACAAAGUCUCCAACAGCUUACUGAAUUUUGGCCGAAAGCUCAUUGCUCCGGCUAUGGCUUCAGGCGGGGCUGUGGGUGCUCCUGCCGGCGGGAGCAGCUUUCCUCCCCCUGCAAUGCCCAUCAGAAGCACAGUGGAAGCCCCCCAGCACCACCAGCAGCACCACCACCAGCACCACCAGGCACAGCAGCAGAGGAUGAUGAAGUCCGAAAGCAUGCCAGUUCAGCUGGGCAAAGGCCAAAGUUCAAAAAACAUCAGUUCAUCUCCAAGCAUAGAGAGCUUGUCUGGAGGACGUGAAUUUACAGGAUCUCCACCUUUGUCUGCAUCAAAAAAGGAUUCCUUUUUCAGUACAAUCUCCCGCUCCCGUUCCCAGAGCAAAACUAUGAGCAGAAAAGAAUCGGAGGAGGAAUUGGAGGCCCAGAUUUCAUUUCUACAAGGACAACUAAAUGACUUGGAAGCCAUGUGCAAAUAUUGCGCAAAGAUGAUGAACACACAUCUUGGAAAUAUUCAGGAAGUCAUAUUACAAGAACACUUGGAAAAAGAGGAUGAAAUUCUGGUUUCCUUGGCUGGUUUGAAGCAGAUCAAGGAUAUCCUGAAAGGUUCAUUGCGUUUCAACCAGAGCCAGCUGGAAGCUGAAGAAAAUGAGCAAAUCACUAUAGCCGAUGAUCAUUACUGUUCCAACAGUCAGAACAAGGGGACAGGUGAUGUCCUAAAAGGACCUGUUAUGACAAAGCAACAGUUCGUCUCAGGACGACAGACUACGACUGACUCGAGCACCAGUGAGAACAAGAGUGCUGAUGACUAUAUUAUGGUUUCCAAAGAAGAGGAAGGAAGUAGAAGUGCUGUCCCGGAGCCAGUGCAGUCCCUUCAGGCACACAAGGAGGCACCAGCGAAGCCAGAAGCUCCAUCUCGUUCAGCUUUGAUAUUCUCUGACCCACUGAUGGGCUCCAUUUCACCCUCCUCCAGCAACCUGAGCUCCAGCCCUGACGACGACAGUAGUAAUAACAGCAAAGAUUCAGACUUUGCUAUUGUCAGCCCACUGGACAUCUAAAGAAACAGCUUGGGAGAGUUUGGGAGGUCGAUCAUUACAACUCAGCUCAAAUUCCUAUGAUUCACGGGCUGGAUAGUUCUUUGG